AGUAAGCCUCGGAAGGGUUAUUAUAGAUGUUGCACAGCCGGUCUAUGGUUGUUGCUGGUCUGGAUUUCGGGCCGGUUCGAGAUAAACUUGAAGGUACCCUUUAUGUCAGUCUUGACAGAACAAAAAGAUUCAUUUGCAUCUGUAACUCCAAAAGAUAAUCAGAAUGACUACAGGAGCAGAUGUCCGGGAUAUACUUGAACUGGGCGGCCCAGAAUCUGAAAACAUAGGAACUAUUAAUAAGAAAGACAUCAUCAAUUCUGAUAAGAAAAAAUCCAAGAAAUCAUCAGAAACCCUAACAUUUAAGAGACCAGAAGGAAUGCACCGAGAGGUCUAUGCACUGUUGUAUUCUGAUAAAAAGGAUGCACCCCCACUUUUGCCAAGUGACACAACACAAGGUUAUCGUACAGUGAAGGCAAAACUUGGUUCCAAGAAAGUGAGACCUUGGAAGUGGAUGCCAUUCACAAACCCUGCUAGAAAGGAUGGCGCAAUGUUCUACCACUGGAGAAGAGCGGCUGAAGAGGGCAAGGAUUACCCUUUUGCGAGAUUCAACAAAACAGUACAAGUUCCAGUCUAUUCAGAGCAAGAGUAUCAAAUGUACCUUCAUGAUGAUGCUUGGACAAAAGCCGAAACAGACCACCUAUUUGACUUAUCACGACGUUUUGACCUCCGUUUUGUGGUCAUUCAUGACCGCUAUGAUCACCAGCAGUUCAAAAAACGGUCAGUAGAAGACCUAAAGGAGCGUUAUUAUCAUAUCUGUGCAAAGUUAGCCAAUAUUCGUGCAGCUCCAGGUACAGACCUGAAAAUCCCUGUCUUUGAUGCUGGCCAUGAGAGGCGCCGGAAGGAACAAUUAGAAAGGCUGUACAACCGAACACCAGAACAGGUGGCAGAAGAAGAAUAUCUAAUCCAGGAGUUGCGGAAAAUUGAAGCUAGGAAGAAAGAGAGGGAGAAGCGGACACAAGAUUUGCAAAAACUCAUUACAGCUGCUGACACAACCACUGAACAAAGACGUGCAGAGCGCAAGGCACCUAAGAAAAAGCUGCCACAGAAAAAGGAGACCGAGAAACCUGCUGUCCCUGAAACAGCUGGCAUCAAGUUUCCAGAUUUCAAGUCUGCUGGUGUUACGCUGAGGAGUCAAAGGAUGAAACUGCCAAGCUCCGUGGGACAGAAGAAGAUUAAAGCCUUGGAGCAGAUGCUGAUGGAACUCGGAGUAGAUUUGAACCCGAUGCCAACAGAAGAAAUUGUUCAGAUGUUCAAUGAGUUGCGCAGUGAUCUGGUGCUACUAUAUGAGCUCAAGCAAGCCUUUGCAAACUGUGAAUAUGAGCUGCAGAUGUUGCGCCACCGCUAUGAGGCACUAGCCAAAGCAGGUAGCACAGGACCUAGCACAGACGGUGGCUCACAUCUCGAUGGACAGUCAGGCUUGUGCACAGAAGAAGGCAAGGGUGACAGCAAGGAGCAGAUCAUUGAUGUGGUGGGAGCACCCCUCACACCUAAUUCAAGAAAGCGCAGGGAAUCUGCUUCCAGUUCCUCAUCUGUCAAGAAGGUGAAGAAGCCAUGAGUAGCAUGAUGGUCCAAGUUCAGGAUCUUGGAGGACCAAGUUACUGACUGCAGGUGCAAGGAGGAUAUGUCUCCCCAUACUGUAGUAGGGACCAUUAUGUUGAAGGACUUUGUUUGCCUUUGCUUACAUCAGGAAGAAAGGUGUUUACUGCCCUCAUAAAGAAGAGGACGAGCUCAAAAUCCUGAAUUGAUUGUUGCUGUGAUUUUAUUGUAUAUUUUGCCUAUUCCUGAGUUUUGUAAAUGAUGUAAAUAUAGAAUCCAUAAUCUCUUG